AUGGGCGAAAGGAAAAACACUAUUGCAACCAUGCCACUAGAAGGAAAAGGUGAAUAUUCCAAAUCAAAGGAAUGUACUUAUAAGCACUUCAUGUCCUGUAAACCUCAGUCCUUUGACGGAAGAAAGGGAGCACUAGAAGCUCAAGAUUGGCUCAACAAAAUGGAGUCAGUAUUAGACAUAUGUGAGUGUGAUGACCGCAACAAAGUACGGUUCGCCGUACAUAUGUUUGAAGCUGAAGCCCUUCACUGGUGGAACAUUGUGGUCCGAACAGAGGGAAAAGAAAAGGUUAAGGAGAUGAAGUGGGAGGCGUUUAUUCAUAAGUUUCUUGCUAAGUAUUGUCCUCCCAGUGAGACUGAGCAACUGGAAGUGGAAUUCUUUCAGUUAAAAAUGGGAAAUAAAACCUAUCGAGAAUAUGUUUCUCGUUUCAACGACAUAUCUCGACUGGUUUCUUAUUUAGCAUUGACUGAGGAACAACUGAUCAGUAGGUUUAUUUGGGGUCUACCCUCUGAAAUGAGGGUGUUUAUCAAAUCCAAAUCCCCCAAGACUUUUGCAGAAACUGUUGAGGCUGGCGACUUCAUGGCUGUCGAGAUGAUUCUGCGGCAGGCUGAAUCUCCCGCACCAAAAAGGAAGUGGGAAGAAAGAAAGGGGGACACCCGGAAUAACAACUUUAAAAGGCCUAAAACAUUUCCUCAAUGUCCAAUUUGCAAACGCUUUCAUACGGGGGAAUGUCGUUUUCCUUGUCCAAAUUGCAAAAAGACGGGUCAUGUUCUUCAAGAAUGCAAGGAAAAGAAGAAGUGUUCAAAUGUGGAGACCCUAACCACAUGA